GCGCUAAGUGUGUUUGUUACCAUCCAGUUGACGAUAUUUCUUCGUUAGUUGAAAGUCAUUGCAGCACUGCAUAUGAAGAUUCUGUUACGAAUUCUUUGUCAUCGAUACCAUCAUACGAUCAAUCUGUUAUUCUACAAGAACCUGAAAAUUGUAAUCAAUCUAUUAUUCAGCAAGAACCUAAAAAUUGUAAUCAAUCUAUUAUUCCGAUAGAGCCUGAACAUCGUGAUCUACCCGUUUUUACAAGUUCUUUACAAAGCUGCCCUUCUGCUAUGGCAGGCGGAAGUUGUUGCGGCACAUCAACCACUGAAUCAGUAUGCAGGUGUGGUACAGGAUGUAGUUGCGAAGGUUGUGGAACUCAUUCGCUUACGAUAGCUCCGUCGCGACCUGUAAAAAAUUGCUGUUCUACCAAUUCUAGAAUGAUCAGCCGAUAUGAACUCGAAAUAGAUGACGAUGAAAACUUUAUAGAAAGAGAUGUAACUUCAGAGUAUAUGGAUCUUGUAACAACUACUGAUUCUAUGCAAUGCGAAAUACCUAAUGUUACUGGGUAUUUGACCACGGUAUUAGGAUGCAAAUGUGGGCCAGGUU